AGAGCCUAAAUAUAGCAAUCGCUUACUUCAGCUUUGUUGGUGAGUCACCAUUAGUCCAGUCUUUUCUUCCCUCACGAAUCCCCACUCGCUGAAUCUCUCUCCGUCGGUCGGUGCUCUGCAGCUUGAGCAUCGAGCCAAGCAGAUCCGCCGUGUCGGAAUCAGCUCCGUCAGUGCAGCUGUCUUCGCCGACAAUGCCGACCAAAGCUAAAUCCGGCGUGGUGACGAUACUUUGCAUAUUAUUGCUUCGUUGGACGGAUGCUUCAGUUCAUGAGUACUCAGCGGAGAAAUUCGCGAGCAAAGGCAAUGCGUUUGUUGUCCAUGGCGGCAGCGAAGGAAUUUACUCUUACAAUCGGAACCGCAACGAGUCGUCCUCUCUAUCUUCCAACGGCGAUGCUUUCAUUCGCUUCGAGAACAUUAUAUUCCAGAGGCCAAAAGAGUUUUCAAAUUUCAGCUCAGGAUCUAUUCAUGCAGUUGUUUUUGAGGUGGAUGAGAGAGAGUUGAUUGGUGGCUCAGCCUAUGGGGGGCAAAGAGCUGUUUGUUGCACAGCAGACCUCUCCAAACUUGGUGUCUGUAAGCAAGGAGAGAUCAUUCACCGCCCAUCAGCUACACAUCCUGGCUGGCCUCAGGUUUUCAGUGUCUCAUUCGAUACUGAUGAAGUUGAUGCAAUACUGCAGCCAAGAGAAAUACAGAUCACAAAAACAGGGAUGUAUAAUUUGUAUUUCAUUCAUUGUGACCUAAACCUUAAGGACGUUGUUGUUGAAGGGAAAACCAUAUGGAAAAACCCCACCGGUUACCUACCUGGUAGAAUGGCACCACUCAUGAACUUCUAUGGGCUCAUGUCUCUUGCAUUCGUGUUACUUGGAGUCUUUUGGUUUUCACAAUAUGCUAGAUUCUGGAGAGAAGUUUUAACACUACAAAAUUGCAUUACCCUAGUAAUAACGUUGGGGAUGUUUGAGACAGCGUUGUGGUAUUUUGAUUACGUUGAGUUUAAUGAAACGGGGGUCAGACCAACUGGGAUCACUUUGUGGGCUGUUACCUUUGGCACUGUGAAGCGCACAGUUUCUCGUUUAAUUAUUCUGAUCGUUUCUAUGGGCUAUGGUGUUGUCAGGCCUACCCUGGGUGGUAUUACAUCUAAAGUACUUAUGCUUGGAGGAACUUUCUUUAUAGCAUCUGAGGUGCUUGAGAUAGUAGAAAAUGUUGGUACAAUAAGUGAUCUCUCAGGGAAGGCAAGAUUGUUUUUUGUACUUCCUGUUGCAAUUCUGGAUGCUUUCUUUAUCCUUUGGAUAUUCAGCGCCCUCUCUAAAACACUCAACAAGCUUCAGGCUAGACGUUUGAUGGCAAAAUUAGAUAUAUACAGGAAGUUCACAAAUGCAUUGGUGGUAGCUGUUAUUGUCUCUGUUGGUUGGAUAUGCUAUGAGCUAUACUUCAAGUCCACUGACAUUUACAACGAGCGAUGGCAAAAUGCAUGGAUCAUUCCUGCUUUUUGGCAAGUCUUGUCUUUCUCUCUUCUCUGUGUCAUUUGUGCUCUUUGGGCGCCAUCACAGAGCUCAACGAGAUAUGCAUAUUCAGCGGAUGCUAGUGAAGAUUUUGACAGGGAUGAUACUCUGACUCUCAUAAAGCCUUCACCCCUUCCGUCCAAGGAAGCACGGACCCCGUCCGAGGCUAAACCCGCAACCGGAGAUGGUAGCCGGAACGGAGAUUUGGAAGAAGACAAAACUGAGUAAAGCGAGACAGAUAAGUUUUCUUUUGUACAGCGGAGUUGAGUGUGUUAGAAUCAUAUGUUUUGCUCAUGUUACUCUUAUCGAAGGGAUCAUUCUUGUUUGUUGUACCAUGUUUAGUUCAUGUUCUUCUUGUAAUCAGUUGUACUGUACUAGUCUACUGCUACUGCUACAACAAUUUGUGGAGUCACAGUAAAGGUGAGUUAUCAUGG